AUGCAGGUCAACCAACUCCUCACCGCCGCAGGCACACCCGCCGACCAUGCCGAGGCGAGCUCGUAUCGCGCUUCUGGCUUCAGCAAUCGCAUAGGUUGGGGAACACGCCCAGCCCUCAUCCUGAUCGAUGUCUGCAAGGCUUACUUCACACCCGGCAGUCCCUUGAACAUGACCUCCAACCCCGCGGCGGCGAAGUCAGUUGAUUUUAUGAAAAGGUUACUGGCCACUGCCCGGGAAGCACGGGUCCCGAUCACAUGGACACAAGUAGACUACGACCGAACAGACAUGAAAAACGCAGAGCUAUCCUACAGGAAAAGCACCGGUUAUCAACGUCUCCAACGCCUCGACGACUGA